CAAGACACCAUGGUUUGACAGCAACAAUGCAAUAAGUAGCAAUAAUUUAAAAUGCAGUUGAAAUAUCUGCAAACAAUACUCGAAGCCCAGGAUGGGGAAGCCAGAAUUGUGGCUCUGUCGUGGUCACCGAAUAACCAAAAACUGGCCGUGGCCACUUCAGACAGGCAAAUUUUGCUCUUUGACGAGAAAGGCGAAAAAAGGGACCGUUUUUCCACGAAACCGGCGGAUCCUGAAGCUGGGAAGAAGUCGUACGUGAUUAAGGGGAUUGCGUUUAGUCCAGAUUCGACUAAGCUGGCUGUGGGGCAGAGUGACUGUAUUGUGUAUGUGUACAAACUUGGAGAAAAAUGGGGUGAAAAGAAGGCAAUCUGCAACAAAUUCCCCCAACCCUCCCCCGUAAUCUGCAUCCUCUGGCUCUCCACCGGCCCCAUCAUCUGCGGCCUAGCCGACGGCAAAGUCCGCGCCCUCCAAACCAAAUCCAACAAAUCCCAAAGCCUCUUCGCCUCCGACAGCCUCGUGGUCUCCCUCUGCUCCAACUCCAAAGGCACCGGUUUCCUAUCCGGUCACGUCGACGGCAACGUCAUACGUUUCUACGUAUCCAACGACUACAACGAAGACGAAGCUCAAGGACGCGUCAUCCUCUACUCGGUCCCGCCGUGCGCCAUAGCGUGGGCCCAAGGACACAUCUUCGUCGCCGGCUGCGACAAAAGAGUCUCUAUAUACAGCAACGCCGGCAAGCUCGUCAAAAAUUUCGACUAUAGCAAGGAUCUAGACGAGCACGAAUUCACCAUUGCCACGUGCAGUCCCAGCGGCCAAGCCGUGGUCAUGGGUAGCUUCGAUCGUCUGAGGUUGUACAUUUGGAACACGAGGAGGUCUCUAUGGGAGGAGGCGCCGUCUAAAGAGAUUAAGAAUUUGUAUACUGUGACGGCGUUGGCUUGGAAGCGCGACGGGUCGAGAAUGACGUGCGGCGGUUUAUGCGGUGUGGUUAUGCUGUUUGAGUCAGUGUUAAAAAGGACCGUCUGGAAGGACAAGUACGAGAUAACUUACGUCGGCCCGAGUCAAGUCCUUGUCAAAGCUAUGGAUGCCAACGAGCGCGGGGUUAUCAUAAAGUCGCAAAAUGGCGGCGAAAUUGAUGACGUCAAAAUCAUGGGAAAAGACUUUUAUUUUGUGGCACGUACAGACGAGACGCUUUUGGUGGUGGAUUUGCAGCGGAAUUUACUGAGCGAAGUACCGUGGAAUAACUCCGGUCGCCACGAAAAAUUCUACUUUGAUUAUGCGACCGUGUGUUUGGUUUUCAAUGCAGGCGAACUCACUCUGAUCGAGUAUGGCGACAACGACGUUCUUUGCUCGGUUCGGACCGAGUUUGCCAACCCUCAUUUGAUUAGCGUGCGUCUAAAUGAACGUCACCAAACCACUGAUAACAAAAAAUUAGCCUAUUUGUUAGACUUGAAAACUAUAUGUAUAGUGGAUUUGAUGACGGGGAUGUUGAUGGCGCAGAUCACCCACGAUUCAAAGAUCGACUGGCUGGAGUUGAACGAAACCGGGCUUAAGUUACUCUUCCGGGACAAAAAACAAAGAUUAGUACUAGUGGACACCACCACGCAACAAAAGCAGUGUAUUUUCACCGGGGUUAGUUUCGUGCAGUGGGUGGAGGGUAGCGACGUGGCGGUAGCCCAAGCCGGUACUAGUUUAGCCAUUUGGUACAACAUUGACCUACCCGAAAACCCGACUAUAAUGAACGUGAAAGGUGACGUGACCGACGUGGUACGAAACAACGGCAAAACUGAAGCCGUUUGCGUGGACGGUAACAACAUAAUUAAUCUAGAGUUGGACGAAGGCCUAGUGGAAUUUGGAACGGCCAUUAACGACAAUGACUACAGCCGGGCCGUGCUUUUUCUAGAAUCAAUGGGGAAUUCGUCGGAAGCGGAGGCGAUGUGGCACAACCUAGCCCAAAUCGCGUUAAAAGAACACAACUUAGUACUGGCGGAACGAUGCAGUGCGGCUCUAGGCAACGUGGCAACGGCGCACUUUCUCAAAGAAACUAUAGAAAUGGCGGAAAAAUAUAAAGAGAAGCAUGAUAGUCUGGAGAGUCCGGAGGUUUGGGCCCGAUUGUCAAUUUUAACUGGGGAUUUAACCACUGCCGAAAAUAUUUAUCUGGAACAAGGCGACAUCGAAAGUGCUUUGAGUAUGUACAAGAAGCUGCACAAGUGGGAUGACGCGUUAAGGCUUGCUGAGCAACGAGGCUACAACAAACUCGCCGAACUCCAAGAGGAACACAUGUCUUUGUUGCUGCAAACCGGCCAGUACGAGCAAGUCGGGCAAGUCCUGGAGAAAGAAGGCAAGUUUGAGCAAGCCUUGAACAUGUACAUCAAGUCGCACAAGUUGCGCCGGGUACCUAGUUUGCUCCUCAAACACACGGAAUUGUUGAGUGACCACACUUUAGUGGCGACGGUUUUGAAAAACUUGAUUAAGCAAGAGUUGUUUGAGGCGGCUGCCGAAAUUUACGAGAAACUAGAGAAGGCGGAUUUGGCCAUGGAGUGCUACCGAAAAGGAAAAGUUUGGAAUAAAGCUGUCGACUUGGCUAGAGAAGUCAGUCCUGAUAAGGUCGUGACUUUGGAGGAGGAGUGGGGUGAUAGUUUGGUUGAAAGUAAGCAACUGGAUGCCGCGAUUAGUCACUACAUAGAAGCGGGGUGUACCUUGAAGGCUCUAGAUACCGCGGUUGUGGCAAAGCAAUGGAAAAAAGCCGUCCAUAUCAUAAGAGUGAUCGAUGACCCUGAUUCCGUCAAGAAGUACUACGAGCUCAUUGCUAGCCACUUCGCCGGUAUUCAAGAGUACUCAACCGCUGAAAGGUUGUACCUUUCGUGCUCCAUGUUCAAAGAAGCUGUCGAUAUGUACAACGAGGCCGGUCAAUGGGAAAAGGCGCAUAAUCUCGCCUCCCAGUACCUAGAACAAGACGAAGUCGCAGACAUGUACAUCAAAAAAGCGACUCAGUUGGAAGAAAACGGAAAGUACCGAGAGGCCGAGCGCCUCUACGUUUCCGUAAACUCCCCAGACUUGGCCAUAGCGAUGUACAAAAAAGUCGAACAGUAUGAUAACAUGGUACGACUAGUGGAGAAGUACCACCCCGAUUUACUCCAAACUACACACCUCCACCUGGGACAACAACUAGAGUCGCAAGGGAAAUACCGAGCGGCCGAAAUACACUUCCUGGCCGUUAACGAAUGGAAAGCGGCUAUGAACAUGUACAGGACGUUGACCAUGUGGGAGGAGGCCUACAGAGUGGCCAAACAAAACGGGGGACCGACUGCGGCCAGUCAGGUCGCGUUUCUGUGGGCCCGCACUCUCCCCAUUGACUCGGCCAUCAAACUACUCAAUAAGUAUGGGAUUUUAGACGCGUGUGUCAACUACGCCUGUGAAACGUACCAAUUCGAGUUUGCUUUCCAGUUGUGCAAAAACCUACAAACUAAGGUAACCGAAGUCCACUACAAGUACGCAAUGGCGCUGGAAGACGACGGUAAGUUCCAGCAAGCCGAAUCCGAGUUCAUACUAGCCGAGAAGCCCAAAGAGGCGGUCCUAAUGUACAUCCACUCCAAAAACUGGAUCAACGCGCUUCGGAUUGCGGAAACCUACGAACCCGCGUCGGUUCCAGAGGUAUUACAAGCGCAAGCCGCCCAGUGUUUCCACGACAAACAGUUUUCUGAGUUCGAGGUACUACUUUUGCGAGCGCAAAUGCCGGAAUUGAUAGUCCAGAAGUACAAAAGUGAAGACAUGUGGGUGGAUGCACUCAGAGUCUGUAAGGACUAUCUGCCCCACUUGUACCCGACGCUCCAGUCUGAAUAUAGCAACUCCCACCAUGACAAGAUGUCGGACGUCAAUAUAGAGACCCUUCUUUCCAAAGCUAACGAGUGGGCUUUGGCUGGUCAACACAAACAAGCGAUUGAUUGUCUCCUUCAGGUGAACACGACGAUCACGGAACCGUCGAUUGUGAAAAGAGCCCUUCUGAGGGCUGCCGAUAUGGUCAAUAAGUUUCUCUUCGGACAAGAAGCUCUUGAUAUUAUUAAAGUAUUGUCGCCAAGGCUAGUCGAAAUAGGUGAACACGGAGUGGCUGCACAGUUAUACAUUAGCAUGGACAUGAUGAAAGAGGCAAUCGAUACCUUUAUUAGUGCGGAAGAGUGGAACAAGGCUCGAAAAGUAGCAAAAGAGCUGGAACCGGCCUAUGAAAGCUACGUCGAAAGCAAAUAUAAGGAUCGCCUUUUGAAAAAAGGCGACGUUGAGCAACUCGCCGACGUUGACAUCAUUGGAGCCUUAGACUUGUUGGCCGAGCAAGGACAAUGGGCUCGUUGUAUCGAAAAAGCUAAAACCCAUAGUGCCCCUAUUUUACACAAGUACGUGGCUUUGUACGCCGCCAAGCUACUCAAAGACGGGUUUAUUAAAGAAUCUUUGAACCUCUAUUCCACGUACGGUGCCCCCGCGAUGCCCCAAAACUUCAACAUCUACAACCACAUAGCCUCGGAAAUUUUUGCCCUGCCGGAUAUUUCGGGUCCGUCUAGUUUCGGGGUUUGGGAGCAACUAAGACAAAUGCUUUUUGAAAUUAACGAGGGGUUAGAAGUGGCUGCCAAUAUCAACAUGGAAACGAAACUUCAUUUCAGGAAUUUGCUACUCAUUUCGCACUAUUACGCCUUAAGGUCGGCUUGUCGCCAAGUCCCGUCUUUGAAAUCAAUAGGGGUGAAAAUCAGUGCGGCUUUGUUGAGGUACACUGAUAUCAUCCCUGCUGAUAAGGCUUUCUACGAAGCGGGGAAAGAUCUGAAAGAAGAGGGAAAACUCUCGGAAGCGUUCGUUUUUCUUAAUCAUUAUUUGGACUUGUGUGAGGCGAUUGAAGAGGGAGAAGGUCAACUGGUGGAUCACUCUGAUCUAGUCCAGACUGACUUUCCGUCGAAUAUUCCUCUUCCGAGUCGACUGUAUUUGGGUGAGGACCCACGCGAGCACGACAAUGUUAGAGAAUGGGUUUUGACUGUGAGUAUGGAUCAACGCAUAGAUCAGACGCUACCUAUAGACGACAGGCAACUGUAUGAGGCGUGUCUCCAACCAGGAGAACAACCCUGUAUAGUGUCGGGGUACCCGAUCCGAAAACAGGCUGUCAGUUUUGCGAAAUCUUCAAAUCAAGCCAAUAAAGAUAUCUGGUCGAAGCUGAAUAUGGGGUCAAAAAUGGCGCCCGAGUCGAACGUGCCCAACGUUUUGUCGUUCAUUACGAAGUGGUGUGGAGCACCCAGUACUUAAGGAUGUUGGUUUUGUGGUGUGGUAGAUGCACCCAUUUUUUUAGUAGCCACUGUUUGAGAAUAGAGUAGAAAAAUAAAUUUGUGCUUUCGAGUUUU